GUCCCAAAGCAACGAUGAGCGCAAUUAUUCUACAAGCAGGCGCACGCGUAUACUCUUUCAGCGUGCCGGUGCAAUGUUUUGACACUGACAGACAUUUAGGUCUUCCUCGUUUCCUGGAUGUGCGAUGUAGACGUCCCAACGUGCUGAAAUAACCACGCGCUGUAUAGCGAGGGCGAGACAAGAGAUUACCCUUCGUCUGUUCAAUCAGCAGCGAUGACGCGGGACGUAGCCGAUAUAUAAGCGGGGAGAGGUUGACUAGUGAGCACGCGGUUUCUGCGAGAGGGUAGAAAAGACGUCUACUGCUCAACCAUGAAGGGUCUCUUCGGCGUUGCUGUUCUGGCCGCGGUUGUUCUGAUGGCGUCGGCUCACCAUCCGGAGUUGUGCAAAAAAGAUGGCCAGCCACUCAAGGAUCAGUUGAAGUGUCACCGAGACCAUGCUACACCUGCAUUGAACAGCAAGUUCGACAGUGUAAACAGACAACUCCAGUGCGACAGUGACUCCUGCACCGUCCGUAAGCUGUGUGCUGAAGCUGACUUCAAGACUGCUCUGAAGAAGUUCUUCACUGAGAGUGAAAUGGACGUAUUGCACGAAAUCACAAUUCACUGCUACCCUGACCGCCACCACGGUCACGACCACCACGACCACUGAGUC